AUGUUUUCGUUUCUCGUGUGGGUCGUUGGCAAUGUCCUGCAUGUUGCAAAAAGGCGGGAAGAACUGCGAGAAGGCCGGGUGGAAGAUUUUCAGCAUGGAAGACCGCUAGUGGUGAAGCCAAGAAGACGUCGCCUACAAAUCUCCAGGGCUCUGACAAAUCCAGCAGUGAAUCUAGCGAGGACUCCGACUUCGAAACACUGUCUCAUGAAAGCUUCCAGGAUUGCUCCGACAGAGCUUCUCCGCAUGCGAAAGUCAGAAAACUAUCGUUGA